AUGGCUCGCGAUAGACUAGCAGCCAUGCGGGCUCAACAAGCUGGCGGCGGUGGUGCAGGUGGCUAUGGCGGUUACGGAGGAGGAAAUCAAGGUUAUGGAGAUCAUUCUUAUCCUACCCAACAACAACAGCAGCCAACAGGAUACGGUCAACAAGGAUAUGCUCAACAACAACAAGGUUACGGUCAACAACAAGGCUAUGGUCAACCAAUGCAACAAGCAUAUCCUCAAGAGCAAGCCACUUAUGGUGCCGUUCAAGGAGGUAAUGCUUAUGCUCAAAACCCAUACGGAAAUGGUGCGCCAGGAUCUUAUGAGAUGCAAGGCAUUAACAACAAUGAAAAAGGUGCACCUUCAAUGGACGCCUUCUUUGCCGAGAUUUCUGAUAUUCAAGAUACCAUUCGUCAAAUUGAUGACAACAUUAACCGAAUCUCAGACUUACACUCUCGUAGUCUGAAUAAUAUGGACGAAGCAUCUCAACAACAAGCACAACAACAAUUAGCCAGUAUGUCAAACGAAACAAGCAGAUUGACCAAUGCGAUCAAGAACAAGAUUCGCACUUUGGACACUCAAACUUCUCGUCUUCCCAAUAGCGGCGAUAAAAACGUUCGUAAAACACAAAUUGGCGCACAAAAGAACCGAUUCAAGGAAACCAUUCAAAGAUAUCAACAAGUCGAACAAACGUACAGAAAGAAGUAUCGUGAUCGUGCCGAACGACAAUACAAGAUUGUCAAGCCAGAUGCAUCACCGGAAGAAGUACGAGCAGCCAUUGAUGACGAUAACGGACAACAGAUCUUCUCGCAAGCUUUGCUUAACUCCAACAGAUACGGAGAGGCGCGCGGUGCUCUUCGUGAAGUUCAAUCACGUCAUGAAGAUAUCAAAAAGAUUGAAAAGGCUUUGGUUGAAUUGGCACAAUUGUUCCAAGAGAUUGAUAUUUUGAUCACCGAACAAGGUGAACAAAUUGAUGUGAUCGAUCAACAUGCAACUGCUGUUGAAACUGAUAUGAACGCAGGUCUACAAGCAACAAACAAAGCAGUUGACUCUGCUCGUCGUGCACGUAAAAAGCGUAUCAUUUGCUUCGUCAUUUUGAUUAUUUUGAUUCUUGUUAUUGCAGCAGCUGUUGCUGCAGGAGUUUGCUCCCAGGGCAAUUGUGGCUCAAAGAACGACAAU